CCCAGGCGCAGCACCAUGGAGCGCAGCACCGUGGCGCGCAGCCGGCGCGCUGCCCCGCGGAGGGGUGGGCGACGGGGCGCUCGCAGCCUCGACACCUUCGCGGCCGAAGCGGAGGCCGCGCUGAGAGUUUGCCUAGAGGGUGAGGGGGCCGCGGAGCUGGGCGCCCCGGAGGCGAAGUUCCCGUGCCCUCUUGCGAUGUGGGAGCUCGGACACUGCGAUCCCAAGAAAUGCACCGGGAGGAGACUGGCCCGAAAAGGGUUGCUCCGAACCCUGCGCCUCCGCCAGAGAUUCCCGGGCCUCGUCCUCAGUCCCCUGGCUACUGAAUACGUCUCUCCAGCUGACAGGCAUGUCAUUGCUCGGAGUGGAGUUGCAGUCAUAGAUUGCUCGUGGGCCAAAUUAGAAGAAACUCCCUUUAAGAAAAUGCGAGGAAGUCAUCUACGGCUGCUGCCUUACUUGGUGGCUGCAAAUCCUGUAAACUAUGGACGGCCAUGCAAGCUGUCCUGUGUGGAAGCUUUUGCUGCAGCUUUUUGCAUUGUUGGAUUCCCAGACCUAGCCACCAUUCUUCUAAGGAAAUUUAAAUGGGGUAAGGCAUUUAUUGACUUAAACAAAAAUCUCUUGGAAAAAUAUGCAGCCUGUCAUUGCCAGGAAGAAGUGCUGAGAGUUGAAAAGGAUUUUUUAACCAGUGUCCAAGAAACAAAAGACAAAGAAAUAGAUCCAUUUGAUGUUGACUCAGGAAGAGAAUUUUGUAAUCCCAACAGACCAAUCAAUUCCCCAGGACUAGCACAAAGUAAUGAAGAAUCUGAGGACAGCAUGAGCACUUCGGAUGAUGCCACUGAAGGCAGUGAUGAGAGCAGUCCAGAAGAUCAUGGUACUACAAAGCUGCUGCAACAACAGCCAACUAUUUGAAAAGUAAAAACAAAACAAACCAACAAACAAACAAAAAAACGCACCUACAACAAGUUAUAACAUCUUGUAUAAAGAAAUUUUCUUGUGAGCAGUUAACAGUGUGGAUUGUUCACCUGUAACUUUGUGCUUAGCAAAUGCCUUCCUUUAGGUUUAGAGGUCUGUCUAUGCAUGUAAAGUCUUUAGGUUAUUUGAUUUUUAGAUAAUUGUUUACAGAAUGCUAAUUAUGAUGUGAAGAGCCUGAAGCUUAGUUACAAGUCAGAAAACCCUGGAUUCUACUCAAUGUGUACGGAAAGUGGUUUACAGGGAUUAUUUUUACCUAAUAGUACAUUAAGUAAACCCUUCUAACUUCUGGGCUGUAUUUCGAGUGGAAAACACGACUAAGUUAUUGUCCUGUUCAGAGUACUACCCCAUAAGGAGCCUGUGACUUUUUGCAGGCUUGAACCUGCCAUAUAUAUUUCAACUACUUCAUCUAGUUUAGGGUAAACUGCCUACCUAAGCUAAAAAGGAAAAAAAAUGCUUCCUGGAACUGUUUUAACAUCUCAGUAUGUCUUUUUAGUAACUACGUGCUAUUUUUUUAUUUACUCUGAUAGACAGUCCUAAGCAACCUAUAAUGUUUUGGCACUUCAUGUUCAGAACUGUACCAUAAAAUUUCAGAUUACAGGUUCAGCAAUGCUAUCUGCCUACAGUCCUUAAAAAAUUGAGUACGAGACUCUCAGCACUGGUAUUUUAGUUUACUUUUCCACAUGCCUGCUAGUUUGUGUAGUAAAAGUACAGCUGUUAGCAUUUUUUUUCUGUACAUUUGAAUAGAAUGCUUUUAGUUUCCAGCACCCAGCAAGAACUUACUUAAACCUCAACUUCAGUAACCCUUCAGUAGAAUGGGAGAUGCUGAGGACAACUUGUAACAUUACCUUCAUAUAUACAAGAUCUUCAAGUCACAGAAGAUUUUUUCACAUCUUAGCCCUCUUCUACUAGAGAUUAAAUGGUAGCCCUACUGGAGCUAGAAUUGGGAGUCGCAGCAGCAGUUUUAGUGGUACAAACAUUCCAUUUCCCUUUAAAAAGAAAAAAAGAAGCUCAAGUAAAUUAAGUUGACAGGGAAUCUUUUAGUUUAACUCUCUCAAUUACUCACUUUCCCACCCCAAGCAUAUGACAUCUUUCCCAAAUCAGCUGUUCUGUCAAGGAUUUCUUGAUGAUAGUGACAAGGAAACAAUCCCACACAAACAAUUUUUAAAGGACUGAACAUAAUGUGAGGGUGUUAGCUAUUCUAAUUUGGGGGAAUGCUUUAAUAUUAUAAAGCUAAUCAAAUCCAGACAAGCAGAACAGA